AUGAGGUACUCAAUCGAGCCUGGUAUAAAUUUGGAUGAAGUAGCAGAACAGAAUAGACCAGUACUUGACGAAGAUGAUGAAGAUGCUUUCAUCGUCGAGGAGAUUGGGGAUUCUUCGGAUGAACGACAAGUAGAGCCAAUCAUGACAUUGGAACCCAAGAAGGGGAUGGUGUUCGAUAGUGAGGAUGAUGCUGUCAGGUUCUACAAAGGAUAUGCUAAAAAGAAGGGCUUUGGUGUGAUGAGAAGGACGACUAGAUACGGAGAAGAUAACAUGGUUACUUAUUUUACUCUCGCUUGUAGCAGACAAGGAAAGACUCAAUGCUCAGCAAAGAACUCAUUUAUGCCUAAUCCGUCAACAAGGAUGCAAUGCCCAGCUAAGAGUAAUUUCUCCCGCCGUGAGGAGAAGUUUUGUAUUACGUCUCUUACGCUUGACCACAACCAUCCUAUAAGUCCAAGCAAAUCCAGAUUUUUGAGAUGCCACAAGAAGUUGGACUUGCAUUCAAAGAGAAGGCUAGAAUUGAAUGAUCAAGCAGGAAUCCGUAUGAACAAGAAUUUUGGUUCUCUUGUUAUGGAAGCUGGCGGAUAUGGAAAUCUUGAGUUUGGUGAAAAGGAAUGUAGGAACUAUUUGCAAGAGAAAAGAAGGCUGCAACUUGGUGCUGGAGAUGCACAUGCUGUUUAUCAAUAUUUUCUUCGUAUGCAAUCAAAAGAUCCAGACUUUUUCCAUGUUAUGGAUGUGGCCGAGGAUGGACGUCUGAGAAAUGUCUUUUGGGCAGAUGCAAGAAGCAGGGCUGCAUAUGAGUCUUAUUGGGAUGCCAUCACAUUUGACACUACAUACUUAACAAACAAGUAUAAAAUGCCUUUCGCUCCUUUUGUUGGUGUAAAUCAUCAUGGAGAAUCUGUUCUAUUAGGUUGCGGUCUUCUAUCCAAUGAAGACACCGAAACUUUUGUUUGGUUAUUUAAAUCUUGGCUCUGUUGUAUGUCAUACAAACCACCAAAUGCUAUCAUCACUGACCAAUGCAAGGCAAUGCAAAAUGCUAUUGAAGAGGUUUUCCCUCAAACUCGUCAUAGAUGGUGUAUAUGGCAUAUCAUGAAGAAGAUUCCUGAAAAGCUUAGUGGUUAUGAGAAGUAUGAAAAGAUUAAAUAUACUUUGUCAAAUGUUGUGUAUGAUUCCUUGACCAAACAUGAUUUUGACAAAGCUUGGGCAGAGAUGAUCAAUAAAUAUGAUCUUCAGGAGAAUGAAUGGCUUGCUGGAUUAUAUGAUAAUAAAAAUCGAUGGGUGCCAGCAUAUGUAAAAGAUACAUUUUGGGCAGGAAUGUCUUCAACACAAAGGAGUGAGAGUAUGAAUUCUUUCUUUGAUGGCUAUGUCAAUGCUAGAACAACUUUGAAGCAAUUUGUGGAGCAAUAUGAAAAUGCAUUAAGAGACAAGGUAGAGAAAGAAAACAAAGCUGAUUCUAAGUCGUUCCAAGAGGAAAUUCCAUGCAUUACUCACUAUGACUUUGAAAAGCAAUUUCAAGCAGCAUAUACCAAUGCAAAGUUUCAAGAGUUUCAAGAGCAAUUAAGGGGUAAAAUCUAUUGCUAUCCAUCUCUGCUGAACAAACAAGGGUCACUUUUCUCAUUUGGAGUCAGUGAGGACCGCAAGAUUUUUUUUGAAGGGGAGGAUGGCGAGAUUAAAGAGAAAUGGAUUGCUUCAGAGUUCACGGUCUUGUUCAACCAAGAGGAAUGUGAUGUGCAGUGUAUUUGUAGACUUUUUGAAUUUCGAGGCAUCUUGUGUAGCCAUAUCAUUUCUGUGCUUGCUCUCAUGAAGAUUAGAGAUGUACCUUCUAGGUAUAUAUUGCAGCGAUGGAGAAAGGAUUUUAAGCGCAAACACACAUUUAUUAAAUGCUCCUAUGGUGAUAUGCUGAAUACACCAGUCGUGCAGCGUUAUGAUGAUUUGUGCAAGCGUUCCCGCGAAGUGGCAGAGAAAGGUGCAGAGUCUGAUACAUUGCGUGACUUGGUGAUGGAUGGCCUUGAUGAGUUAGAAAGAAAGAUUGAGGCAUAUUGUGCCAGCCAAGAUGUUCAGGAAGAUGAUCCAACUUCAAAGCAAGAAGAUACAAUGCUAAACAAAGAAAAACUUGUACUCAGUCCAAUCCCUGUUCGCAGUGUAGGCCGUCCUCCUUCAAAGAGAAAGAUGUCUAAAGUGGAUCAAGUGAUCAAAAAAUUGAGAGCAAAGAAGCGGCAUGUGCCGAAAACUACAACCAAAGUGCCAUCUCAAAAGCAGGGAAAGGGAAAUGCUCACUAUGAAGGAUAUGAGGCUGGAAGUUUUUUGUUCUUUCCAAAUGAGUUCCAGGAGCUACAAACAAAUGAACCUGCUACACCAACUCAUAUCAUGUCUUACAUUGAUAUUCUCCAGGGAAAGAAAGAUGUCAUGGACUUGCUCGCUGCUAACCUGAAUGGAUGA